AUGGCUGGUAGAGACGUGACACCAGCGGCACAGGCAUCCCCGGAGAGCCUGGAGGAGAGCCUGGAGGAGAGCCUGGAGGAGAGCCUGGAGGAGAGCCUGGAGGAGAGCCUGGAGGAGAGCCUGGAGGAGAGCCUGGAGGAGAGCCUGGAGGAGAGCCUGGAGGAGAGCCCGGAGGAGAGCCUGGAGGAGAGCCUGGAGGAGAGCCCAGAGGAGAGCCUGGAGGAGAGCCUGGAGGAGAGCCCAGAGGAGAGCCUGGAGGAGAGCCCAGAGGAGCAGAAGAAGAGUGCUGCUUAUGAAGGCCAGUCAUGGGUCUGUGCAGUCGCUGCCACACUCUGGGCCAAAUCUGCUGCACCACAGGCUCCAUAG